GGCCAGAAGCAAGCUAGCUUUUUUUUUUGGCGCCUGUGCUAUUUGGGAUAAAGAAGCUGACCGCGUGUUCAUCAACAGCCAUCGUCCAAGCUGAGGCGAGUUGUUUUAAUUGAGCCUAAAAGAGCACAGCAUGGGCAAGAAGCAGAAUACCAAGGGUAGGAAGGAUUCACAGGAGGGGGGGCAGGGCACACAAGAGGAACCUGAGGAAUUUGUGGUGGAAAAAGUUCUGGACCAGCGUAUUGUGAAUGGGAAGGUGGAGUUCUUCCUCAAGUGGAAAGGAUUUACAGAAGCUGACAACACCUGGGAGCCGGAGGAGAACUUGGAUUGUCCGGAGCUUAUCAACGCUUUUCUUGAAGCCCAGAAGAACAUUAAGGAGAAACCGGCUUCUCUGAAGAGAAAGGCAGCUGCAGACGACUCUGAAAUGGAUGCGAAGAAGAAAGAUGCUCCCGAGAAACCCAGAGGCUUUGCGAGGAACCUUGAUCCAGAAAGGAUCAUUGGUGCAACAGACAGCAGUGGGGAGUUGAUGUUCUUGAUGAAAUGGAAAGACUCUGAUGAAGCCGACUUAGUCCCAGCCCGAGAGGCCAACACCAAGUGCCCUCAAGUGGUCAUUGCCUUCUAUGAGGAGAGGUUAACAUGGCACUCGUGUCCGGAGGAUGAAGCUCAGUAGUUAGCUGCCUCUGGGCCUGGCACCUCCUCCUUUUUCCUCAGGACUGACUCUCCUACGUUGGCCUGGCCUUCUAGUUUUAGCUGUUCUAGUUUAGGUUUUUUUUUUUUUUUUUUUUUGUUUUUGUUUUUUUUGUUUUGGGGGGGGUUCUGUCUUCAAAAUGUACCACUUGCAUAGCCCAGCUGCGUAGGGGAGCUGAAAUUGUUCCAUAUGAUAGAUAUGUUAUCAAAAAGUCGUUUUAAUAAUACUUGGUUUGUGGAACCUGAGUCACACACCGCCGACACAGCCUCAUCCCAGAAUUGCGUAUGGUUACAAGCAUCUUAUGCCAUUGUUCUUGCAAGCUCAAUGGAAGGAAGAGUUUUCUCUGACAUUUUUUUCCCUUCUGUUUUUCAACUUGUUGUUGUUUUUUUUGUAAAUAUUGCUUUGAUUCAAAUAAAGGUUUUUUUUUUGUUUUUGUUUUACCAAAUUCCAACUCAAAUACAGAAUUUUUUUUGUGAACUGGCCACUUUACUAUAAACUUAUCUAAUUCUAAAGGUUUGAAACUAAAGUGAUCCUUAUUACUGAACUUGAGGCUCAUGUAUCAUGUACUUUUUCCAUCUAUUUUGGAGUAGUUUUAAGAAGCCCAUUAAAAUGUAAUGAACAAAUUGGCUAUCAACUGAAAAACACUUUUUUUCAGGUUAGAUGAAUUUUUGAAUGCAAGAAGCUCUAGAUUUUUAGGCUAGCACAAGACCACAGUCACCUCGAGUCAUUCAUCGCUGAAAAAAAGUCCAUUGGCAUUGCUAAUGUAUGUAACUUGCAUGUGAUUAAAAUGUGCCAACUAUUUUUUUUAAUUCCCUUCUCAAAAAUUAGAUCAGUUACCAGAUUUUAGUCAUGUGCCACUGAUGUACAUGUUCAAAUUAAGUUAAUUCAAAUGACAGUUUCUCAGCGUUCUAGCUGAAAUUUAUCUUAAAUAAGGCCAUGGAUGGGGAAUAUCAUGUUUCUCCGAAUGUGUUGCUUUGUUAGUGUUCCCUGUUCGACAUUCCUCCAUGUUGCGUCUGUCUCUGAAACACUCACGCACACACCUAUCAGACUCGCAAGAUUUCAAUCAAAAGGUGUCAACUGUGGUUGAUGUCAUUUUUAUGUUAUGUCAUCUGCACCGGUUGAAAAAAAAGAAACAAUCCUGUACAGAAAGUACAGAUAACAGUUUUGAAAUGUAGGUUGUCAAUCUUAAGUUAAAAAAAAAUAUAUUAAGUACCCAUACCUGAAAAUUUACUUAUGUACAGUAAUGAAGUACUUGUAGUUUGUUACUUCUUCAAUGGGAAAUGCAUCAUGUGAGAAAUUUAUACAGUUUGGCAACAAUAUGUAUUUUGGAUAGAA